AUGCAACUAGAGGCAAUCCUCAAAUAUGAUGUACAACAACAUUUAUUUGUCAAUAAUAAAACUAAUUCAACGCUGAUUUUCCAAGAAAUGGUUCAUUAUGGUGAAGUCAGUUUUUAUCAAGUUGUGAAUUAUGAUAUGAAAAAAUUUAUUGAACUAACGGAAAAUCGAAAUGAUGGUCUCUCUGCUAUUUUAAUGGAAGGUGCUAGGUAUCCUGAUGAUGACAGUCAUGAAACACCAGCGGAUAGUGUUCCGAAGAAGUAUUGUAAUAAAACUUGUCUAAACAGUCGCAUAUUACAUUAUUUACGUUCAAGUGAUACACAAACAGUUGAAUAUGAAGAUGGAAUUGACAUACAGCAGUUGUAUACCUUAGAAGCUAAAGCCACUGGUAAGUGUCGUUGAAGUCUGUAACAUGAAACAAUUAAGAGUCCCUAUCACUAGGUAUACGACGAGUCGUGCUUGCCGCUUGUCGAGUCAAGGUCGCAACUCUUACGAGGGAACCUCUCGCGGUGAUUAAAAGCUUUUCGACUCAGACUAUUUUCAUCAUGUAGGGAAUAGUCAGUAGUGAAAACCCCAAGUUGGUUUGGGCCCAUGCGCCUUUUUAACGGAGAUAUGAGUUAAUUAAUGAAAAUGC